UAACUCCACCUUUGGCCUGUCAAAGUCCCCCGUGCACGGUCUCACACAUGUAGAUAACACCUGGGCUAGGACAGGUGACAACCUCCUUCAGUCCAGGACACAGUCAGAGCAGGAGCUGGUGAGAAGAGAUGGCUGGGAUCAAACCACGGGUGAUUGUCCUGUCCAAGCGCGAGGGCCAGACCUUCGGGUUCUUCCUGCGCGUGGAGAGAGAUGAGGAGGGCCACCUGAUCCGCAGCCUGGACAUGGGCGGCCCAGCAGAGCUCGUCGGCCUCAAGGACGGAGACCGCAUCAUCAGGGUCAACGGCGUCUUUGUCGACAACUCAGAGCAUGCUCAGGUCGCAGAACUGGUGAGGAAGAGUGGGAUGUCGGUGACGUUCCACGUCCUCAGCGAAGCGGCAUACAAACAGGCCAAAGCGGAGGGAUGGGACCUGGCAGAGAUACCGCGGCAGGUCGCCGUGAACGGGGUCACCGGCUUGAGCAACAAGCUCAAGCUCUGUUACCUCACCAAGGCCACAACGGGGUUUGGCUUCUCCCUGAAGAGUGUGAAAGGGCAGAGUGGUGUACUCAUGAUGGACGUGACUCGCGGAGGCUCAGCUGAUACUGCAGGGGUGAAGGAGAACGACCGCCUUGUGGAGGUCAACGGCGAGAACGUUGAGAAAUCCAACCAUGAUCAAAUCGUGCAGAAGGUGAAGGCCGGGGGCGGCAGUGUCAUGUUCCUGCUGGUGGACGGUGAGACGGACAGGUUCUACAAAAACAAACAGAUCAGCUUGGGACCCGGCCUCGCCACGGUCAAGCACCUCCCCCACAAACCCCGUAUCGCCGAGCUGACCAAAGGCUCCGACGGCUACGGCUUCUACCUAAGGAAAGAACCCAAAAUGGCCGGUCACUUCAUCAAGGACAUAGACCGCGGCAGCCCCGCGGAGAGGGCUGGCCUGAAAGAGAUGGACAGGUUGGUGGCCGUGGGAGGGGAGGAGGUGGACAAGUGCACGCACGACCAGGCGGUGGACAAGAUCCGGCUGGAAGGAAACAAAUGCUGCCUCCUGGUGGUGGAUGCAGUGACAGACAAGAUGUACAAACUGGGUAAGGCCUCCCCUCUCCUCUUCUGGGAGGAGACUCGGGCCUCCUCGGCCAGCCAACCAGAGCCCACCAAAAAGCCCGAGCCCCGCCCAGCAACACCUCCACCCAUCCCCGUACUCGCAAAAGCACCAUCACCAGCACCUGCGGAGGACUAUAAACCCAAACUAUGCCAUCUCGAGAAGGCCGCCUCCGGCUUUGGCUUCCAUCUCAACGGCAUCCAGGGAGUGCCCGGGCAGUACAUCAAAGAGGUGGUGAGGGGUGGAGCCGCGGAAAAGGCAGGCGUGGAGGAGGACGACGUCGUGGUGGAGGUGAACGGCGUGAACGUGGAGAAGAGCAGCCACGAGGAGGUGGUGGAGAUGAUCCGCGACACGGGCCACACGCUGCGCCUCCUGUUGGCCGGGAGGAAGGCGUACGACCACCUGAAGGCCACCGGCGUGGCCGUCACCCUCGCGCUGCUGGGCCUGGAGGCCACCAGGCCGCCCAGCCCCAAGCUCCCGGAGGCCACCAGGCCGCCCAGCCCCAAGCUCCCGGAGGUGAGGGAAGAGGAGGAGUCGUCGUCGUCGUCAUCGGAGUCGGAGGAGGAGGAGGAGAAGGAGAAGGAGGAGGAGAAGAAGGCGGAAGAGGUGAGGCAAGAAGAGAAGGAGGAGGAGGAGGAGGAGAAGAAGGCAGAAGAGGUGAGGACAGAAGAAAAGAAAAAGGAGGAGGAGGAGAAGAAGGCAGAAGAGAAGAAGGAGGAGAAGAAAGCAGAAGAGGUGAGGACAGAAGAGAAGAAGGAGGAGGAGGAGAAGAAGGAAGAGAAAGCAGAGGAGGCUGCCAGGCCUGACACACCGGCGAAAGAGCCACGCGCUAGGACGCCAUCAGUAUCAUCUUCGUCCUCCAACGCUAGUUUUGAUGAACAACUUUAAAGUCAUUGUAAUGCUAUAAAUGUUACUAUUACUUAAUUUACUUUAUAUGCUAUUUGUUCAUUACACAAAUUGACUCGGUCCUAGUGGAUCCUUGGAAGUAUUGUGCAACAGGUUUCCCCUUAACACAAUAUUGAGAAGUAAUUCUGAACUUGGUUAGGUUCUACUAAUGUUGUGCUGUACUAAGUACACAAUAAAGGGCAGAUGUCAAAUGAAAAUGUUCAUUUAAGUAGAUGCAUUCACCCAAAGGACACCUGAUCUGUUGAACUGUCAAGAUAAAACUAUCAAUAAUAAGCUUGAAGGCAAUAAAAAUUGCAACACUUAUCCUGUAGUAACAUUUUAGUAACUGUUAUCAGUUUGCUGCAUCAUAUGAGGUGACCAAUGGAGUCACAUAAGGCUAAUCGAUGAUGACCACAAAAAAAAAAAAAGAAAAACUGGACAUUGAACUGGUGCCAAGUGACUGUUCGUGAUAUCCCUGAGGAAAGUUUGUCAGGACAGCCUUGUGAGUUGUUGACUGAUCUCUGUUAGGUGUUCUAUUGUUGUGACCAAUGCUGUGUUGGUGAAUUAAACCGCCUUCCUGGGAAA